AUGAAAUGUAAUUGUAAAUAUUGUUUACCACGAUUUUUUUGUGAAACUCUCAAUGAAAAUGAUUUUUGUUAUUAUCGACAUUCAAUAAAAUCGAACGGUACCAAUGAUGAUUUUGGUUGUGUUCAAGCUGAUGUCGCUCGUUUUUUAUGCAAUACAACUGAUGCAAAUUAUCGAACAGAAUGUUGUUCUUCAUUCUUUUGUAAUAUUAAUUAUCCAUUAUUAAAUGAAUCAAUUACAUCAUCAACAUCUGUACAGGAUCAUCAUCAGAUUGGUGUAUGGGGUACCAUUAUUGUCAUAGGUACUAUUAUUGCUCUUAUAUUAUUAGCUAUUAUUAUGUAUUGUGCAUAUAAACGAAAAUUUCGAAAUCUUUGGUCAUCACCAUCAUUUAAAUCACAUACUAUAGCUGAUGAUGAGAAUAGUUUUGAUAUUCAUAUAAAAAAUCAAACGACAUCAUUUGUAUCUCCAACUGAACAUCAUUCUGAUACUAUUUCAUGGAAUUCUGAAACACCUGAUAAUCAUAAUCAAACUGUAGUACUUGAAACUCGUCGUAUAAAUAAAGAAAUUAUAUUUCAUGAACAAAUCGGUCAAGGACGACAUGCACGUGUUCGUCUUGGUCUUAUCGGACAACAAUAUCGUGCAAUAAAAAUGUAUGAAACAAGAUUUCAAAAUGAAUUCGAACGUGAACGUGCAAUUUUUCAAACUGAUCUUAUUCAACAUCCAAAUAUAUUAAAUUUUUUUGGUGCUGAUUUUUUUGCUAAAGGUACAGAAACGUAUCAUAUGUUAAUAUUUGAAUGGCAUCCAUCUGGAACACUUCAUGAUAUUCUUCAAGAAAAUAAAACGAAACAAUUUGUUACUAUUGAACAAUUAUUUCAAUAUUCAAUAUCAUUAUGUGAUGGUCUUGCACAUUUACAUUCAAUUAAAUAUGGAACUAAUGAUGUCUGCAAACCACAAAUGGCACAUUGUGAUAUAAAAAGUUCAAAUAUAUUAGUUAAACAAAAUGGUGAUUGUUGUUUAUCGGAUUUUAGUUUAGCUGUUCGAUGUAAUCCACAUACGAAAGAUAUUCAAGGUGGUGGUAUUGAACGUCUCUAUCAUCGUGUUGGUACAAAAUUAUAUAUGCCACCUGAAUUUCUCGAUAAAAAUAGUCAUUUUAAUUUUGAUCGUAUUAGUGCAUAUCAACAAGGUGACAUGUAUUCAUUAGCACUUGUUCUUUGGGAAAUAGGAAAUUGUUGUUGUUCAAUAACUCAUAUAAGACCUUAUGAAAAUCAAUUACCUAUUAAUUUUACAAUUGAUAAUCUUAUUCAACUUGUUUGUAUCGAACAAAAACGUCCAUUAAGUUGUAUAAAUACAUCCGAUAGUAUUCUUAUAUCAUUUUUCAAUUUACUUGAUUUAUAUUGGUGUCAAGAUCCGUGUGCACGUCAAUCUUCUGCUAAUCUACAAGAUCAACUUCGACAAUUGCGUCCGAUAAAUAUAUCUAUCUAG